AUGUUAUCGGUGGUGCACCGCUGUGAAUGCAUUUCACGCCGUCUCAAAUUUGUCCAGUCCACGCAGGUUCCACCAAAACCUGUUAUUCCACCACUGCUCGAUCCGUCAAAACCUCGAACACCAUAUAUCAAAGCAGCAGUAUACCUGGUUGUAGGCAUUGUUAGUCUUCGAUUAAUCAAUACGGCACUGAAUCGAGGUGAUGAAGCGUUUUGGACAUAUUUCAAAUCGCAUGCUUUUUCUUGGCCUCAACACUACAACAUCUUCUUGCCUCAGGACAAACUGGAUGUUGAUGAUGAAGACGAGAAAAAGACGGAUUUUCUUUUCUCAGAGGAGGAAAGAAAGGAACUUCUUUUGUGUGACUAUUAA